GGAACCUUUCUUGUGCUGCCGAGACGCGCACGGAACUCACGGAGGGUACACACUCCAGCAGCGGUACCGCUAGCAAGUGGCGGAGCUAGCCUCGCCGGGUCCUGGCUGACAAAUACUUUUACCUUUCUGUUUUCACCGGUUCGCUGUCACUCCUUUAACGUCCGGAGAGCCGCAUGACAGUCACGGUGCUGUCUGCGCGUUACCGUUUAGCGACCUACUCAUGCAGCUGAGGGGCUAAAAAUGAGAGGAGGAGUGUGUGCCGUGUGACUCAGCGCUUUUGUAGCCAUGGAGAAGCCCUGGAGGCUGUGGGCGGGAAUAGAGCAUUGUACCCUGACUGUGGCGUCCUGGUCCUGGAGUGCUUGUCGAGUCUCCCUGUUGGCCCUCAUCCUCACCUUCCACCUGUAUGGGGGAUUUUUUCUCCUUGCACUUAUCCUAGCCUCUGUGGCAGGCAUUCUUUACAAAUUUCAGGAUGUGCUCCUCUACUUCCCAGACCAGCCCCCCUCCUCUCGCCUUUAUGUUCCCAUGCCAACAGGAAUCCCUCAUGAGAAUGUGUACAUUCGCACCAAGGACGGUGUGAAGCUCAACCUCAUCCUGCUUCGCUACACGGGUGGUGACACGCCUCCUGGAGUCAACCCUGGCAAUCAAAGCAGCCCCACUUCCUCUGCGCCACCUACCAUCCUUUAUUUCCAUGGUAAUGCAGGUAACAUUGGUCACAGGGUGCCAAACGCCCUGCUUAUGCUGGUCAAUCUGAAAGCCAAUGUGGUGCUGGUGGACUACCGUGGCUAUGGAAAGAGUGAUGGUGAGCCCAGUGAGGAUGGGCUGUACCUGGAUGCCGAGGCCACGCUGGACUAUGUCAUGACCCGCCCUGAUCUGGACAAGACAAAGGUGGUACUAUUUGGCCGUUCUCUGGGGGGUGCUGUGGCUGUACGCUUGGCGUCAGUCAACCCUCACCGCGUAGCAGCCAUUAUUGUUGAAAACACCUUCCUCAGUAUCCCCCACAUGGCAGCUACACUCUUCUCCUUCGUGCCCAUGCGCCUGCUGCCCUUGUGGUGCUACAGGAAUCAGUUCCUGUCCUAUCGACAGGUGGCGCUGUGCCGCAUGUCCUCGCUGUUUGUGUCUGGUCUGUCGGACCAGCUUAUCCCACCAGUCAUGAUGAAACAACUAUAUGAGCUGUCUCCUGCGCGGACUAAACGUCUUGCUAUCUUUCCAGAGGGCACACACAAUGACACUUGGCAGUGUCAGGGCUACUUUGCUGCUUUGGAGCAGUUCAUGAAAGACCUGCUGAAGAGCCACGCCCAUGAGGAGAGUGCUCAGCCCUCAUCGAGUGUCACCAUUAUCUGAAGUCAACAGCCAGGUUAUGAGCUGGAGGCUUACGGCUGUCGAAGGCUUGAUUGGAUGGACUUCAUUUUUUUUUUUUUAUGCUUUUGUCUGGGUUUCUAUUUUAUUUCACUCUUUCUACAUUUUCACAUUCUGUAAUGUAAUAUUGUUAACAUGAUUUGACUAUUUCAAGGUUUUAAAGGAGGGUAACAAUUCCCUAAUGGCUUCUUUUGUGUUCCAGCUAUGAAUGCAUGCAUGUAUGUAUGACCUUAAACGAAUGAAACCAGAGCACACGCCCAAACUGCAAGACAUGUCACAACUGCAAAGACUUGCUGUGAUGGGUUUUAUGAUGGCUCAUAGUAUAAUGACCAUAUGAGCCCCUACAAUAUUUCAGUGAAAGCUGAUUGCGACUAAAUACACUUCUUCUGGCCACCAAAAUGAGACACUGACAAUAUGUAGGGCUAUACUGUAUAUAUCUUUGUUAAUACAUAACAUUGCACUUUUCUUUUUGUUCUGAUUUACCCGAGUAGGCUAACAUCUUCUGAGCAAUACUUUGAGGGGCGUUCAGAUGUUUUUUUCCUCUCAAACUGGUGAGGAUCAUCAUUGCAGCAGCUUGGCAUGACACUGUAGUGAUGAAUAUUUAUACGUAUAUCGAUAAGCUCCAAGAUAUUCUCCCGUUGCUGGGUCCCGUUAAAAUCCAUCUAGCACAGUUUCUACUGUUCAAUGGACUAAGUUGCUAUUGAAUGACUUUGGCUCCUGUAGUUUGAUAAGGAGCGUUUAACUGUGUGGUUUUGUUAAUAAAUGAUGGGUGCAGAGUUAUUCAAGUCUAUCGUAGUACAACACUAUAGCACAUGCCCAUGUGUACACUGACAUGUUACUGUUCGCUGUAAUCCUAUCCUUACUGAUCGUGAAGAUAGGUUAUUAAUGUCAAAUCCAAGUCCUCUUUUAAUGCAAAAGGAAGGGGGAAAAAAAAGAGGAUAAUAUGAGGUAAGAGGAAUCAAGUAGGUACUUUCCAGGGUAAAGUCUAUGGAGAAGGAAAUGCUCAUCCCCCUCGAUUUGCCAGGAAACAGUCUGGAAAAUUAAAAAAAAACAAGAUAUAUUGUGUAGAAAAUAAAAUCUUAUCUCACUCA